AUGAUUGCCUACUUCCUGAUUGCUUUUUCCAUACUUAUCACGACAGAAGCUAUACCUCAUCAGCACGUGAAUGCGGAUGGGCCACCACCCAGUGGACUGUCUCGUGGAAAUAUGCCAAAUGCAGGAGCGAUUCCACCGAGCCCUCGGCCAGGAGAUAAUCAAAACCCGCCACCACUCAAACCGAACCAACAACCACAACCUCUUCCAGCAGCCCCCGCAUCGGGAUGA